AUGGCCACCGACAUUCCAACGCUGUCCAAGCUGCUCGAGGCCAGCUUAGACCCCCGCCAGAACAAGCAAGCCGAGGCUGCUAUCCAACAGGAACAGAUCAAGCCAGGCUUCUCGCUCAGCCUCCUCCAGAUCGUGGCCGGCGAAUCGUUCCCGCCUACCGUCCGGCUCGCGAGCGCUCUAUACUUCAAGAACCACAUCAAGCGGCAUUGGGUUGACGAGAAUGGCGCACACCAACUCCCGGCAGGCGAGGUCGAUUCCAUCAAGCGCGAGCUGAUCGGUCUGAUGGUCAGCGUGCCGCCAAAUCUACAGGCUCAGCUCGGCGAGGCCAUUAGUGCCAUUGCAGACAGCGAUUUCUACGAGCGGUGGGACACAUUGGUCGCCGACCUAGUCUCGCGGUUAACGACCGACAACACGACGGUCAACAUCGGUGUUUUGCGCGUGGCCCACUCCAUCUUCAAGCGAUGGCGGCCGCUCUUCCGUUCCGAUGCCCUCUUCACCGAAAUCAACCACGUCCUGACCCAGUUCUGCGAGCCGUUUUUGAAGCAACUCGAAUACGUCGACGCCAUAAUUACGAACUCGCAAAGCAACCCCGAGGCCCUGAAGGGCGCCUUCACCGAGCUCGAUCUGAUCGUCAAGCUCUUCUACGACCUCUCUUGUCAGGACCUGCCUCCUGUCUUUGAGGACAACAUCGCCGGAAUCUCAUCGCUCUGGCACAAAUAUCUCGUGUACGACAACGUUGCGCUACACACGGAUAGCGACGACGAGUCCGGGGUUUUGGAGUACACAAGGGCGGGCAUAUUCGAAGUAUUGAUGCUCUACGUGCAAAAGUACGAGGAUGUUUUUGGCGCGCAACUACCUCAGUUCGUCCAAUCGACAUGGCAAUUCCUCAGUUCCGUGGGUCUAGAGACCAAGUACGACAUCUUGGUCAGCAAAGCGCUGCAGUUCCUCACGAGCGUUGCAUCCACCCAGCAUGCCGAGUCCUUCAACAACCAGGAAGUUCUCGUCCAGAUCAUGGAACACAUCAUCCUACCCAACCUAACUCUGCGGGAAUCGGAUGUAGAACUCUUCGAAGAUGAGCCGAUCGAGUUUAUCCGGAGAGAUCUCGAGGGCUCAGAUAACGACACAAGACGGCGGGCAGCGACCAAUUUCCUACGUACUCUAAUGCAGCGCUACCAGGACCUGGUUACCAGCACGGCGCAGAAUUACAUUACCCGCUACCUCCAAGAAUAUGCGAAGGAUCCUCAGGAGAAUUGGAAACACAAGGACACCGCUGUGUACCUGUUCUCCGCUAUCGCUGCCCUGGGAACCGUGACGGCUGGAAAGGGUGUCGUGAGUGUCAACCCCAACGUUGACGUCCUGAGCUUUUUCCAGAACAACAUCGCAUCUGACUUGGAGGGAGAAAGUGUCAGUCUGAUCCUGAAGGUAGACUCCGUGAAGUUCUUGUACAACUUCCGCAACCAACUUUCGCCCGAUUUGUGGCGUGCUGCUUUCCCUCUGCUUGUGAACCAUUUAGGAAACUCCAACUAUGUGGUGCACACAUAUGCCGCCAUUGCCGUAGAGCGUGCCCUAUACCUGACCGAUGAGAACACCAAAGCUUCGGUCAUUCCGAAAGACCAGGUGGUUGGGUCAUCAAAGGAACUACUUUCGCAUCUGUUCAAGCUCAUUACCAAGGAUUCGGCGCCCGAAAAGAUUCAAGAGAACGAGUUCCUCAUGAAAUGCGUGAUGCGCGUCCUGAUCUUUAUCCGGGAUGGUGUGCUACCUAUUGACGAGCUGGUGCUGACCUACUUCGUCAACAUCCUCAAGAUCAUACGGCACAACCCCAGCAACCCCCGUUUCCAGUACUUCCUAUUUGAGGCCCUCGGUGCCUUGAUUCGUUUCGCAGCACCCGCGCACAGCCAGCUGUUCGAAACCACGCUCGCCGACCCUUUCCAAGCCAUCUUGGCAGACAAUGUCGAGGAGUUCGCACCGUACGUCUUUCAGCUUCUGGCCGCGUUGCUGGAAACGAAUCCUUCUGGUGCCCUCUCUGCCUACUACCAAAGCCUCUCCCAAGUCAUCAUACAGCCCAGCGUCUGGGAAGCACGAGGCAAUGUCCCAGCAUUGGUCCGUUUGCUCACUGCGAUCAUAUCGCGAGACGCGCAAACUAUCGUCGCCAACAAUCAGCUGGAACCGAUACUCGGCAUCUUCCAGAAGCUUGUCUCCUCAAAGGCCAACGAGACGUAUGCAUUUGAACUCAUGGAGACGAUUGUCGCUGUCAUUCCUGUCUCAGCUCUCCAACAAUACUACCCGACCAUCAUUCAGCUUAUGAUCACCCGUCUAUCGAGCAUGAGGACGGAGAACUUCGCGCAGCGUUUCAUCGCCUUCUACCACUUCAUCUCCGCUCGGGAAGGAAUGGGCGCUGACUUUUUCAUCGCCAUCAGUGAUCAAGUCCAGCAUGAUGUCUUCAAGGGCAUAUACCUCUCCAUCAUUCUUCCUGAGACUCAAAAGCUGACCCGCCCGAUCGAUCGAAAGACCGCUGUGGUCUCCUUCACUAAGACCCUCACAGACUCACAGGCCUUCGUAGAACGUUAUCCCAAGGGCUGGAACUUGACCACUCAGCGACUCAUCGAGCUGCUGGUUAACCCGCCAAAGGUGAACAAAGGCGACGAUCUCAUCGCAGACGCAGACGUCGAUGAACUGGGUUUUGGUGUCGGGUUCACUCCGCUCAACACAUGCAAGAAGCCGCUCAAGGAUCCAUUCCCAGAGAUCACGGACGUAAAGACGUGGGUUGGACAGUUCUUGAAGGACGCGAACACGAGGCACAACGGCAAGAUCGUAACCUUCGUUCAGGAGAGACUUGACCCUGCGACAAGGCAGGCGUUGGCGGAAUACAUACAGUAG